AUGAGGUAUAAGUAGAUACGUAAUUACUAUUUGUCUUAUAUUGAUUUUAUUUACAGUUGAUUUACAGGUAUAACUAAUUUGCAGGUAUGUUGGUUGCCAUACGGUGCUUUUCCUGCACAACAGGUGCCUAAGACUAUGUUCUGGAUGUAUUCGCUAUCGAGGCAUCAUAGAACCAUAUAUGCCCGAUCGAGUUGUUCGACAGUUGGGGUUUAUACAAGAGAUUCCCGGUGACAUGAUUAGGCCUGAUGAUGCUCAGAGACCACUUAGUGUGAAGUCUUAUAGGGUCAGUUUUUCAGCUCAGAUGAUCACUCUCAUGUGGGAUAGAUUUGUCCCCGGUGCUGCGUUCAGUCUUCUUCUUGGUGGAUAUACUAGAAUUCCCCGUGGUGGACAUACUUGUGCCCCUGACUACCUACCAUGGUUUGGGAGAGUUAGCCAACCUAUUGUCACUCCUAAUGUUGAGGAUGAUGUCGGUCUUCCUGAGAGGACCAACGUUGAUUACUGGGUAGGGCGAGUCAUGGUUACAGCGCAGCGAUCACUUAGUGAGUACCCUACGCUAUCAAGGGAGACCAAAGUAAUGUUGUAGCAGCUGAUUAAUGAUUGGAAUACAAUAAAUGGACUUAGAGAUUAGGUGUAAUAUGUAUUAUAGCUUUGACUUUAUUGUUUUAUUAUACUAUGUUUUGGAUGUUGUUAGUGGACAUUUAUAUUUUAUCUCAUUUGUUGAGAAUUAUCAAGUUGACAUUUAUAUAUUAUUAUUUUAUUUUCUAAUUACAUAGUACUUACUUAGUAAAUUUUUAAAAGAAUUUCUUAAAAAAAAAAAUCAUGUUUAUUAAUAAAGUUAUAUAAAGUUUAAUAAAAAUCCAUAACAGUACUCAAGAGCU